AUGGCGGGGGACAAGGUUAACGGCGACGAACUAUGGCAAGACAAAGACAUCAGAUUCGAUGUUGAUCACAGAAUGCUGCGACUCGUACCCGGAGAAAUCCAAAUCGACCGCAUAGAUAUGGUUGAGGACACAAAAGGAAACAACGGAGACCGAGGUGUGAUGCGCGUGACAAAUCUUCGACUUAUUUGGUACGCGAGUUCAAUGCCACGAAUAAAUCUGUCGAUUGGAUAUAGUAGCGUCACAGCCCUACAAAGUAGAGAAGUGGUUUCGAAGGUAAGGGGUACGGAAGUUGAGGCUCUUUAUGUGAUGGCUCGCGCUCCCAGUACAUCUACUAAGUUCGAGUUUAUCUUCACCGCCAUGACAAGUGGAAUGCACUCAAAAAUGUUCAAUACAGUCAAUUCUGUUCACCGUGCCUACGAAACGACAAAAUUAUAUAGAGAACUAAAAAUGCGAGGGGCAAUAGUGGAUGAGAGUAACAACCUUAAAUUACUGCCGUUGGAACAAUUGAUCGACAAAGUAAACGGAGUAUGGAAUCUCAGUACCGAUCAGGGAACAUUGGGAUGUUUUGUUAUCACAAAUGUUCGGCUUGUGUGGUUUGCAAGUACAAACUCUCUGUACAACGUCUCAGUACCUUAUCUGCAGCUUUAUUCAUGCAGGAUAAGAGAGUCGAAGUUCGGACUUGCUUUAGUUAUCGAAACGACUUCCCAGAGCGGUGAAUACGUCUUGGGAUUCCGUAUAGAUCCUGCAGAACGCCUUCAGCAAGUGUGCAAGGCAAUUCAAACUCUGCAUAAGGCUUCAAACUUGCGUCCAAUUUUUGGAGUCACGUUCCAAAAACAUAGGCCGGCUUCACCAAAGGAAAAACCUGCGGAGACUUCGAACGAAGAAGAAGAUGAAGACCGGGAGGACGAACAAAAACAGUUGAGGACUGAUGCUUUUGCGGCGUACUUUUCUGAUGGGGCCACUCAUUGUGAGGAGCGACGUCCUCCAGUAUUCAGUGAAGAGCUCGGUUUAGCAGUGGAACAACUGAAGUCUGGAUUCACAAUAGCAGAUCUUUGGAACAUUCAUGUUGAUUAG